CGGCCCACGCGGCACCUCCUCCUUCCAGCUUCCCUUAAGAACUGCUCACUGUCAGCUGUCACAGAGGGUAACUCGGACCAGGCUUAGAAAUCAUAAUCCUUGAUUUAACUCGACAGCACUUUUUCUCCCCUUGUGUUUGUAUUACUCUAGCAGUCCUCUCUAAAUACUCAGAGCAUUCGAUUUCACGUCAGAAGAAGGAGUUAAAAAAUGCCCAAGCUGUAAUCUGUUAGACAUAGUUACUUUGUAGGAUUUUACACUAUAAGGGGGAAAGUUUCAACGUGCUUUGAAAUGAAAGAAGAAUUAAGUUGUGUUUUUAUCUAAAUGAAUUGGCAUCUUUAUAUGUAGGGGAAGUUAUAUUGGUAAAUGUUUAUUUCAAGAAUCAUGGCUGGGAAACAUUUGGCAGUUUAUUAGAGAAGUAAAUGUUUUUCACACAAGGACAGGAUCUGCAUGUACGCCUGUGGUUCUGGGUGUCUGGUGAAGACCGUUUUAGGUGACUGGUGGAGGGAGGGAAAUGCCCUAGUGAUACUGGAGCCACAGCCAUGUCUGCCUUACACAGAGAAGGCUGCAGCCACCUGUUCAACCGUUUGCACACCUGUAGACUGAAGCAUCUGGAGGACGAGCGACAGCCAGAAAAAACUGUUAUUGCUCAACCAAUAUUUGUUUUUGAAAAGAGAGAACAAACUUUUAAGAGACCUGCAGAAGAAACCCUGUGUGAAGCAGCAGAACAUGAGGGUAAUGGUUUUUCAAGAAAGCGCAUACGAUCUUCAUCUUUUACUUUGCAUUCUACAGAUUCUCAGUCCCCAGGAGUGUCAGCCUUGUCCCAGAAGCGAAUGAGAUCAUCAUCCUUCACUGACCUCCCAACCUUCCCCCCUUCUGGGCCAGUGAAGAAAAACAAUGUUUUCAUGACACCAACUCUUGUACAAAGGAACGUUGACAUAAACAGUGCCAAACGAGGUCCUGUCAGACAUUCUGAACAUGUUCUAAGACCUGCUAUUUUGCAGCCACCUCCAGCUCAAAGGUGUGAAAAAGUACGAAAAAAACUUGCACACAACGCAUUGGAACACUGCAAGACUCAAGAAAAAGCAAAAAAUAACAUUUCUGAGAGGAACUCCUGUUUGCUAAGUAAAAAUUUACCAAGUGCCAGAAUUUCAGCCCAGCUGUCUACCAACCAGAAUGUUUUGGGUGCUACAUCAGUAGGAUGUCAACAAAAUGAAGAUCAGUAUUCUUUUAAAAGCUGCAGUUCUGGUUUUGUUUUUGGAGAAAACAUGGUAGAAAGAGUUUUGGGUACUCAAAAACUCACCCAGCCUCAACUUGAAAAUGAUUCCUAUGUCAAGGAAAAACCAUUCAAAUCCACUUUAAAAUUUCCUAUCAACUCUCCAAACUCAAGAACAGACUCUAUUAAAAAUAUAUCCCUAAUUGAAUCAGCUGCUGCUUUCUCUUCUAAAUCAUCACCAAAGUGCUUGCUGGAGAAAAUUGAUGUAAUAACAGGGGAGGAAGCAGAAUAUAAUGUGUUAAAGAUCAACUGUAAGCUUUUCAUAUUCAACAAAACAACACAGUCCUGGAUUGAAAGGGGCAGAGGAGCUUUGAGACUGAAUGACACAGCAAGCAGUGACUGUGGAACAUUCCAGUCAAGACUAAUUAUGCGCAAUCAAGGCAGCCUGAGGCUGAUUCUCAAUAGCAAACUCUGGGCUCAAAUGGAGAUUCAAAGAGCGAACCACAAAAAUAUACGAAUAACAGCUACUGAUUUAGAAGACUAUAGCAUCAAAGUGUUUUUAAUUCAGGCCAGUGCCAAAGAUACUGGGUAUCUGUAUGCAGCAAUACAUCAUCGUCUGGUUGCUCUUAGAAGCUUCAAUAAGCAGAAAGACAUAAAUCAAGCUGAAAGCCAGUCAGAAACGGUCAUCCAGCAAUUAAACUGUGAUAGCUGUGAUGAGGAUGAGGAUGAUUUCAUCGGAGUUACUAAAAAUAGAUCAGAUCCUUCUAGGUGGACCCACAGACAGUCGGUUGCCUGUUCAUGAGUGCUACCUACUAUAAAACAUGACAACAUCUGCAAAAAACUUGGCCACCUUACUGAAAAUGCUAAACCAUCCUAACUAAAUGAGAAGAUUCUAUUCAUUCCUUGAAGAGUUUUUAUAGAAAAGUUCAUGAAAUAUAAUUUGUUGCAAUUAAAAUUUUUCUUUUAUGUAGUCUAAUAAUUCUGAGGUUUUACAUUUUGAAUACUGUGGAGAAAAUGACAGAAUUUAAGAAAUACAUGGAUUUCAGAAGUUCAAAAUUAGGAUUUUUGAAGUUAAUUUAGAAUAGGAUUUGAUAACUAAUUUGGACAAUUCAUCACAUUGAUGGAUAUAAUAGUUAAAAUUAUGAAUUGCUGAAUUUGAUAAAUAUCUAACUAAAAUAUUUAUUUUUUCAGUCAAACAUUGUCUGGCCAUAAAACAAAUAUUUUUAAAAAUUUCUAGUCAUUUUUUUUUAAACCACUAUAACUACAUAAUAACAUUUCAUUAAAGCAUGUUUUUCUUCUGGGAAAUGUGUAUUUUCAUUUAGCCUUUGGAUUUCCUAAUACUAUAAAAUUAUAUAUUCAUGGUAUGAAUUCCUUUAAAGAGA